AUGAGGUUAUUGUGCCUUCUUACUUUUGCUGUUGCGUUUGUCCUUAGUUCAAACGUUGCCAGAAUUCCUCUUCAUCCUAUUCGCAAGGGCCAUCGUUCCUUUUCCGAGCUGAGAGACUCAGUUAAAAUCAUUAGGGACAGAUGGACCGUUGGUUAUGGUUCAUCAGGACCUCACCCUGAGCCAUUGGAAAAUUAUCUUGAUGCUCAAUACUAUGGACAGAUUGAAUUGGGCACUCCUGGGCAGAAAUUCAUGGUUGUCUUUGACACUGGUUCAUCAAACCUCUGGGUACCAUCGAAGAAGUGUUCAUGGUUUGAUGUUGCCUGUUGGGUUCAUCGUCGGUACGACAGCGCAAAGUCGAGUACCUAUAAAAAAAAUGGUACUGAUUUCGCUAUUCAAUAUGGUACUGGCAGCCUUAAGGGCUUCUUAAGUACAGACACGAUCAAGCUCUCGGACAUUCGAGCUCCCGAUCAAACAUUUGCCGAGGCUACCCAACAACCUGGUUUAGUGUUUGUCAUGGCAAAAUUCGAUGGCAUUUUGGGAAUGGCUUUCAACUCAAUCUCAGUUGAUAACGUCGAACCAGUUUUCUACAACCUUCUGCGUCAUAAGUUAAUCGCUGAUCCAGUGUUCGCUUUCUAUUUGGAUAGAAAUGAAGCAGAUGUGAUUGGUGGUGAAUUGAUGCUUGGUGGCUAUAACGCAUCACUCAUUGAUGGUCCCAUUACAUAUGCCCCUGUAACAAGAGAAGCAUACUGGGAAUUUCGUACGGAUAAGAUUGAAUUGAAAGGUGUGAAUCUGUGCGAGGGUGGCUGUGCAGCUAUCGCCGAUACUGGCACUUCUCUUAUCACUGGCCCCACGGAGAAAAUUGAGAAGCUGGCCGAAAUUAUGAAAGCCAGACCAGUCCCCGGUGGCACCUACUUCGUUCCAUGUGAAAAUACAACCUCUCUUCCUCCCCUGACCUUCACAAUUCAAUCGGUCCAAUUCGUUCUCAAUCCUGAGGACUAUAUUCUCAAGGUUACUCAAUUUGGUUACACCAUGUGUGUGCUCGGAUUCAUGGGUCUAGAUCUUCCCAAGUAUCCAAUGUGGAUUCUCGGCGAUGUCUUCAUUGGCAAGUACUAUAGUAUCUUUGAUCUAGGUCAGAAGAGGGUUGGUUUCGCCAAAGUGAAGAAACCGUCAAUAAACCAGCCCACCGCUGCCUACGGUCCAGUCUUCCGUUCAUUUGCUGGGGAGAAUCUUCGUAAAGUCGUUCCAAUGGCACGUCUCUACCCCGCUAUUCAAGUCUAA